AAGGGCGAGCGUUUCGAGAUUGCAGUUGCAACCCAAAGUACGACAUUGUCUCGAUCUCUAAAGGACGCUUUUGCCCAAAGGCUAUUUUUGUCCUAGCAAAGGCGUUUUUGACCGGUGAGACAACCAAACCACAUCAAGCAAAAUUUGUAAACGGAGAACGCCAAUCGAUCCAUUACCAAUCUUUUUUUCAUUCUUGGCGCCACUUUUUUGCUCAGCAUUGAUUAUCUACCUUUUGCUCUUGACCAUACAAACGGGAUACUUUUGUCAGUAGCCUGAAAUGAUGGUUGGCUCCUCCACUUCUUCACCUAUGCCAUCUUCAAGCAGAUCAAAAGUAGAAAGCGAUCAACAGAAUCCAGCCAACGGAAGUGCCACUGCUGCCGGCGGUGAACAGAGAUCGGACAACGGCAUUCAUUCAGAGACCAUGGGAGCCGAAUCAGAUGUAGAUGAGCUGGUUGAUUCUGAUACGGAGAAGACGGAUGUUGCACCAAAGACAAAAGGUACGAGAGGAAGAGCAAAGAAUGGAGCAAGCACAUCCAAAAAGUCAAGUCCAUCGACAUCACAUGCAGACACACAGAACGGUGCAUCUUCUAAAUCGCAGCCAGAUAAAGCAGAAGGUGGCGAAACAGUAGGAAAUGGAAAUCAUCGAAGAGUUCCAUCAAAAUCAAGUCCUGCGAAUACACCACCAAAAAGGCAAUCUCCCACAAUGGCCAAUCGUGAGCAAGUAGCUCAGUCGUCAGAUGCUCGAGCACCACAAUCUUCAUCUUCUUCACGAGAGAUGUCAGGAAGGACGGCUACCGGAGGACCUGUGCCAUAUUACUACAACACACCUGGCGCACAGAAUGCGCGAUCAGCCAAUAGUCCUAGGUCAGCCACAUUCAAAAAGACAUCACAGCCUACUACUGGAAGCAAGUUGCAAGCCGGUUCAAGCAAGAAUGAAGCUAGCUCUGAUGGAGAAGAUCUGACACCAUUGGAAGUGGAUAAAUUCUUGGAAUUGAUCGAGAAGCACAAUUUGGACACUUCCAGUGAAGAUGAUAUGGCUCGAUCGGUUACAGAACUGUAUCAAGAAUGGCUGGAAUGGUGUGCAAAAAGAAGUGUACAGACUACAAAGAGUAAACAGGCAUUGGUAGGCGAAUUUCAGCGAAUUCAUAGCGGCUAUUACGGAACACAACGUCAAAAGCGUGCAAUCACAAUCGUUCAAGGUUCCAGAACGCCUAUGUUUGGUGCAAGCUUUGAUCCGGUUGAAGGACGAAAUGCAAAUAGUUCCACAUAUGCUGCAAAUGAUGAAGCUAGCCGACAAAGAGGAGCUAAUAGAUCCGUUAAAUUGCGAGACGUUGCAGCCAGUAUCAGUAGGGCUCCCAAUCCUGCUAUUGGCAGCAACGUGAAAGGACGUUCUGCUUCUCCUUUACAGCCGGCAGGCUAUGAUGACCCUUAUGCGAGAAAUGGCAUGCCAGCAGCAGUAGUGGACAGCUUACAUCGUCAAAUACGUGAUGAGAUUUGGACUGAAAUUGGAUCAUCAUUAAGACAAGUGAUUCGAGAUGAAACGGCUGAUUUAAGAGCAGAAAUCGUGGAGCAAAACAAUCGAAUCAUCGAAUUGGAAAAACAUUCAGAUAGACUAGCAGAAUGGGUGCAACACCUAAAAUCUGUUCAAGAUGAAACGGAAAACGCUUUACGAGUGGGAAUGAUGCAUGGUCCGCCACAUCCUUCAGUUCCUCCAGGUGCAGUUGCUCAACCGCAUUUGCCACCUGGACCAGGAAGGGGACCGCCUCGUGAAGAGAUGAUGCGAGAUGGCAUGCAUGGUGGACCUCCAGGUGAAUAUCGACCUUAUCCUGAUCCAAGGAUGGGACCAAGCAAUGGUAUUGAUGGACCGCCCGCUGGACGUGGCUAUCCUCCUGGCUAUGGCCCUGCAAAUGGACCACCAAUUCUUUCGCCUGAGACGAGGGUUUAUCCUAUGCCACGUAGAUCACCAUCACCGGCAAAGAGUGCAACACAUCGUUCAGCUUCAAGAGCAGGUCAACAAAGAAUGCCACCACAUGAAGUGUAUGAUCGUUCUAUUGGACCAAGUCCAAGUCAUCCAGAUGUGAUUCCACAUGGGGGACCGCCACCUGCGCCUAAUCACUUAAAGCAUCCUGGCUAUCCGGAAUCGGCAAGAGUUGUUUCUGGUCCAGGUUCAGCAGGUGGUCCUGCACCGUACUAUGGCGAUGAACCUAUGCGUAAUGGACCUCCUCCGCCACCUGCUCAAGGAGGCUAUAUGAGUGAUCCAAGACCGCCGCCGCCACCACCAGGUUCACGCGGGUAUUAUCCUGGCCAUCCGAUGGAUGAACGAAUGCAUUAUACUUCACAUCCCAAUUCACCAAUGGCCGAUCCUCGAAUGGCCAAAAGAGCCAGGAAUGGUUAUUGAUUGAUGAAAAUCACAAUGAACAUAAAUACAUAUAUAGAAUAUUACCAUUUAAUCUUUUAUUCUUUUUUUCGCUAAUCUUGCUGUCAAAAUUUCUUUCUUCGUGAAUAGUAACACUCAUGCUUGUACUCAAUAAUAUCAUCACCCAGAAAUUGCUGUAACUACACUGGGGCGCGCGUGCGUCUGUCUUAGCCAUGCAAUUCAUACUAAUCAAAGGU